UGACUGAUGAUGUAUUUGGUAUUAUGGAUGUCGAUUGUCCCGAUUUAAUUGAUUUAAAAAAGAAAAUAUCAUUUACAUUAGCUGAUGGUUCAUUUCUUUUAAAAGCUGGUAUUAGAGCAAAUAUUAAAUAUUUAAAAGAACUAUUUUUGAAAAAAAAUGAAGAAAUAACGAAAGAGACAAAAUUAAAAUCAAAACAACAAACAACCAUAAGAACAGCUGCUAGUAAUUCCACUCCACCACCAUCAUCAUCGAUUAUAACCACAGCACCAGUUUCAACUAAUUUAGUUCCUCCAUUACCACCUCCAACAAUGACAAAACAUGAACAUAAAGAUUUUAUAUUAAAAUUAAUUAAACAAUGGUGUUUAGAUAAUAAAGAAAACGCUGGUUUAGAUGAUUUUCAAUUAAGAGAAGCAGCAAUUACAUGUAAAUGUGGCACAAAUUUCUCAUUAACGAAAAAGGAUAAUAAAUUUCAAUUGUCAAAUUUUUACAAACAUAUAAAAAAAUUGAAUUGUUCAUUAAUGAAAGAAUUUGUAAAGAAAAAUAACAAACAAAAAAGAACUAAUGUUCAAAUAUCAUCAUCAUCGACAUCACCAGUACAAUCACAACCAUUAGUUCAAAUAAUAACGAAUCCUAUAGCUGCACCAUCUCCAUCCACAAGUAGUACAUCAACAACAGCAUCAACGAAAAACAAUUCUAAACGUUCUGCACCAGCAUCAAGUAUACUAGCGCGAUCAUCAAAGCGAAGAAAACUAUAA